UGUGCUAGCUGUUCAUUUAAUCCAUCCACCUAUGAGCAGCUGUAUACAGUUACAGCUGUAACCUAGCUAGUUAGCUAGUCCGCUUUAUCCAUAGACAGUAGCUAUACAAACGGGUCUUGGCACUGCUGAAAGAGGAGUCCAAUGUCCCGAAAAGCGCUGAAAGUGGUGGUUGAACUAAAGUUCAGAGCGGUGUCUUGUCCUGGAGUUCAUCUGCCAGCCAAGGAUGACAUCUUCCUCAGCAUGUGCUUCAUGGGCCAGUACCAUCAGUCGGACUGUCUCCCGGCCGUCUUUCCUCUGCUCUUUCAUGAGAAAAUGAAAUUUGAGAAGAUUUUCAGGCAUGCAGUUGACCCUGGAGACAUCGCUGUAAUGCUGGAGUAUGAGACGGUCACAAUUGAACUGGUGCAGCUGAUCCCUCCAGCGGCAGACACUCUGGCCUCCUUUGAAGAAGAUGCUCGGCGUUUCUUAUUCCCGGAGCCCAAACUGGUUCCCUCCUCCUCUGGAGUGGAUCAAGAGGUUCUGAUGACCCGAGCACCUCACUUUCCAGGUAUCGCUCCACGGUUGGAGUUUUCCACCAAAACGACCAUUAUUGAGUGCCCUGCUGAUGCUCGGAUCAACAUUUACCCCAAUGUACCUAUGAGGCCAGUGAUGAAGAGGAACAGGACAGCCUCGAGCAGACCUAGGAGCUCCUCUCCUCAGAGGAAACAACCUCAAACCCUUGGAAGGAGACAAGGUGGCAGGGCGUACAGGGGACGACACGGCAGCACCAGGUCUCCAUCAUACAUCUCCAGAUCCCAGUCCCUGUCCCCUGUCAGAGCUGACACACAGCGCCGGGCCCGGCUCAGCCUGGACUCUGGAACUGACUGGGACACAGCCAGCACCUCCCAGCCUAUGCUGCCUUUGUGGCCUGGAGCCAGUCGCUCCGCUGUGUUUACCAAAUCCUCUUCACCUUGGACCAGGUCUUCAUCAACAGUGAGAUAUUCUCCAACUGGCAGAAGGAAAUCCUUAUCCAAUGGUUUGGUUGGAGGGUUACCAGAAGACGACUCCAGCUCUUCAGAAACACAUGACCCCCUUGACCACCACCAAGGUCCUGACCCCUCAGGGCUGUGGUGGUCUUAUAGGGAACAGGCCAGGCACAGCAGGUCUCAGUCCAGCUCUCACAGAGAAUGGGAAGAGGUCCAAGAGCGUGUUCGGGGACUCCUUACGACACCAAAAGCUGUACGCCGACUUACCUAUGGGGCCACACACUCCGAGGUAGACAGGGUUUUAGCCAGGAGGUCCAUCUCUCCAGGUCCGCCGUGAUGACCUGGCCAGACUCUGGUGAGGGAAAGAGACUAUCACCUUGCCAAUUGUCUUUCUGUGUGUGUGUGUGUGUGUGUGUGUGUGUGUGUGUGUGUGUGUGUGUGUGUGUGUGUGUGUGUGUGUGUGUGACAUCCAUACAUCACAUUAUGCCACAUUGUGGAUUGAAAUAAAAGUAAAAUAUGGCCCUGUUUUAACCUGGUUUUAACAGCCGUCCUGGCUUAUCCAAUCACAAGUGGAUAGCUCUAAGUGCAUAUAUCACACCUGGCAGUAGAAUGUACCUCCACAUGCAUCCAGUUGUGAUCAGUUGUU